UUCUGCAACUACACGAUGAAUCCUGACACUGGGAUUCAUCUAACACUUGGGGUGAAGUCCUCAUAAGCAGAAAUAUACAUCCAGUGCAUACAAUUCACAAACAUACACACUUUGUACAUUAAAGAUCUGUAAACAAAUAUAUCCACAUUUAUCUCUAUCAAGCUUGACAUUACGUUUGAAAAUACUCUACAUUUAAUAUAUUUGAUGCUGGUGAUUGCAGCUUUUUUUCUGAAACCGUAAAAGGGACCAUUAAUCGGAUAAAGUUUUUCGCUCCGAUUUUAUAUUAAAUGUUCUUCAUGCGUGCAAACAUAAGUUUGAAUCAUUUACUUAACUGCUGUUUUUCAUAAAUUGCUAAAUAAAAACUAUUAUUCAGCACAAGGCAUUGCAGCACCCGUUCCCCAUUGACUGCAAGGCACUGCCCGGUUAUUCACAUUUUAUUAAACUUAUUGUGCAUCCAAAUCGCACCAAAUAUAACACUACACCUCCUCAGGCCAUUAACAACACACAAGCCAAGAGUGACGCUGAUAACAGUUUGCGAGAUAUGUUCCACAUACACACAGAGAGACAUUGUUAUAAUAAUCUACUGGGACGGAAAUCCAGAGGAGAGGAGCAGGGAUCAUCUAAUAUCCCCCAAUUAGUCAACCUCCGCCCUGUAUUAAGCCCACACCCUCCCAGCCCCAUUGUGACCCUCAUCACCCCAUACCCCACAAUGCACCAUGGCAAGCCCUGCUUCCUGACACUUCGGUGUCUGUGUCAUCAGGGACACCCACCCACACCAACUUCCUAGUAGGUGGAGGAGCGAUCUAAGCUGAACCGACAGAGCUCCCCAGCGCUGCAGCACAAAGUGUCCAACCGCAUCUCCGACCCCUCCCUCCCUCCCCGCUCCGAGUCCUUCAGCAGCGGGGGCAUGCAGCCCGCCCGCACCCCACCCAUCCACCGCUCCAUCGAACCACAGAUGGCUCACCUUGUUCCAGUGAAGACCCACUCCAGCUCCAUGUCCGGCUCUCAGUCUCUCCAGGAACAGACGGGUUCAGUUCUGAGUGAGGGCGUCACUGUGGGGUCCCCCAGGCCCGAGAUGCCCCGGCAGAACUCAGACCCCACCUCCGACACCCCGGGACCACAGCUGCGCAUCACUGGCAGGGAGGAACGUGAUCGGGAACGAGACAGAGAGCGUGAUCGAGAGCGGGACAGGACUGCGUGGCUGAGAGAGGAGGACAUUCCACCAAAGGUCCCCCAGAGAACAACAUCCAUCUCCCCAGCCCUGGUCAGGAAGAAUUCCCCGAACGGAGGAGGGGGUCUGGGCCCUCGCACAGGUUCUCAGCUCAUACGGGCCAGUAACCCAGACCUGCGGCGCUCUGAGCUCUCUCUGGACGCCAUGCUGCAAAGAACCUCCUCCAACUCGUCGUCUUCCUCCUCCCCUUCAUCGCAGGGAGGCUCAGCUGAGAGGAGAGGUCAAACCAAGCAGGAAGGAUCCCCUCCAGGAGCCAAUCAGGAGGCAAAGUCCAAACAGGAGGAGGGCCGUGAAUCAGCCAGACCCAGCAGACCUGCAAGCUAUAAGAAAGCCAUAGAUGAGGAGGAGCUGGACCUCAGUGCAUUGGCGAAGGAACUCAGAGAGCUGAGGGUAGAGGAGGGCAGCAGACCUCCAGUCAAGUUCGGCGUGGGUGGGUCCAAAGCCUCUUUUACCCCAUUCGUUGAUCCUCGUGUCUAUCAAACAUCCCCAAGUGACAAUGACGAUGAGAACUCGGCGGCAGCCAUGUUUGAAAAUGAGCUGCUGAGGCAGGAGCAGGCUCGACUAAACGAAGCCAGAAAGAUCUCCGUGGUCAACGUCAACCCCACCAAUAUCAGGCCGCACAGUGACACGCCUGAGAUCCGCAAAUACAAGAAACGCUUCAACUCGGAGAUCCUUUGUGCUGCACUCUGGGGUGUGAACCUGCUGGUGGGGACAGAGAAUGGUCUAAUGCUGCUUGACCGGAGCGGACAGGGCAAAGUCUAUAACCUCAUCACCAGACGGCGCUUCCUGCAGAUGGAUGUGUUGGAAGGGCUCAAUGUGCUCGUCACCAUAUCUGGGAAAAAGAAUAAGUUGCGUGUCUACUACUUGUCCUGGCUGAGGAACCGAAUAUUACACAAUGACCCUGAGGUAGAAAAGAAGCAGGGUUGGAUAACAGUUGGCGAGCUGGAGGGCUGUGUGCAUUAUAAAGUUGUAAAAUAUGAGAGGAUAAAGUUCCUGGUGAUCGCUCUGAAGAACUCAGUGGAAAUCUACGCCUGGGCUCCCAAACCCUACCACAAGUUCAUGGCCUUCAAGUCAUUCACCGAGCUGCAGCACCGUCCCCAGCUUGUUGACCUGACGGUGGAGGAAGGCCAAAGGUUAAAGGUCAUCUAUGGCUCCAGCGUGGGCUUCCAUGUCAUUGACGUGGACUCGGGCAACCCUUACGACAUCUACAUCCCCUCACAUUGUGCCAAACAGACGAAGAUCCAGAGCCAGGUGAUGCCCCAUGCCAUCGUGGUGCUGCCAAAAACUGAUGGAAUGGAGAUGCUGCUGUGUUACGAGGACGAGGGUGUUUACGUCAACACCUACGGUCGUAUCACCAAGGAUGUGGUGCUUCAGUGGGGAGAGAUGCCUACCUCUGUUGCCUAUAUCCAUUCUAAUCAGAUCAUGGGCUGGGGUGAAAAAGCCAUAGAGAUCCGCUCCGUGGAGACGGGUCAUCUGGACGGAGUCUUUAUGCACAAGAGAGCCCAGAGACUGAAGUUCCUCUGUGAGCGGAAUGACAAGGUGUUCUUUGCAUCAGUGCGUUCGGGAGGCAGCAGCCAAGUCUUCUUCAUGACCCUCAACAGAAAUUCCAUGAUGAACUGGUGAAGGCUCCUCCCACACUCUGCUCUGCCUCGCUCUCCCAUUGGCCAGCCCGGCGACCCACCCCGGCCCACGACACGUCUCACAAAAGGAUCCGACUGCCCGCGUGGCCGCGACUGAACUCUUUUAACACUGGAGAGACUAAAAACAUUUAGCUAACAAAAAAAAACGGAUAUCGUAGAGAAAAACAAACAAAGACUUUGUUCUAAAUAAAGAGACGUGUUACCCUAGAUCACAUCAGGGUCAUACAGAAGCCAUCUUUCCUCAGCUGACUGGCAAACUAGUGCCACUGACUUUCCAAAUAUUCUCUCUUUUCCCCUCUUUCUGUGUCCGUCUGUCUGUAACUCUUCUACCUUUUUUGUCCGUCUCUUCUCCGCAAGAGGACGAGCGCAUUCAGCAACUAUAGAAAACACUUUGGACCCGUCUCCCCUGUCGCUCGUCCUCUACCUUUCUUCUUCUGCUCCUUCCUGCUAGAACAAGUGAUCACUUUUCCAGCCCUCUGACACCUCAAUUUCUCCCUCCCUUCCUGUCCGCCGUGUGAGAACUGAGCCUCAAGGGAUGGAGGACGAGCAGAUGAGUGAGGUUUAAUAUGAAUUUAAAUAAAUACUUCUGGAUAUGACAGUGCAGGGAGGGCGGCUGAGAGGGAUGACAAAUCUACUCUGGAUGUCGGUGGGGGAAGGCAGACAGCCUGAUUGAUUUUCUUUCUCCUCUGUCACUCCUCCUCCUCCUCCUCUUCCUCUCGUCAUCUUUCCGGGUAAACUGAGUUGUGACUUGGUGUUCGAUCGCAUCUCACUGAUAGAGAUGCGGUGAGACCUUGCCGUCACGGGCAGGUCGCAAUAGUAUGCAAAGAUGAUGUCUGUGUCCCUUUAAAAUGAAACCACUGGUCCGUUGUGUGUCACACCCUCUUCAUCAUCACACUCUUUAUACUCUGAAGGUGCUGCAUCAGAUAUACUGUAAUAUUCAACGAGGGAGUCGUUCUGCUCGUUGUGUUUAUUUUUUCUGUUCCUCUUCCUCGUCAGUCGGUCGUUGAAGCUCGAUGUACAGCACGUGUCUCUGAAGUCAGGAGCGUGUGUUGAUAUGUGUGUGAAUGCGUGUGUGUGUUUAACUCUGUCACAAUGACUCACGUUCGAAUCAAAGUUGGAUGUUUGACGUCCACGAAAAAAAGGUCAAGUAAUUCUGUCUCUGUGCGUGAACUUCUACUUUAAUGAGAUCAAAGCACCGCUGAGUGUGUUUACAAGCAGAUUUACUGUAUUUUCUUCCUAGUAUGAGUUGGUGUUUGCGAACACCAUGCAUUUUAAGAAAAUAGGCAAUAUUAGUGGAUGAUUUGUGUUAUGUUCUGUCGUAUGUUUCUGUUUCCUUUAACAUUUUGAUGUUACUGGCUUCUCACGCCUGCAGCCGUGUCGCUGUGGUAGAUAGGAUGAUGCACAUGAAUAUACGACCUGAGCGGGUUAAGAGCCGUGAUCCUCAACAUUUGUGCGCACGUGAAAAAGCACUCUUCGUCAAAAGCUGUGGUGUCAUGCUCCUCCCUGAUUGGCUCUUCUGACUUUUGGCUCCUUACUGUUUGCACAGUGCCUAGCAUGAAGUAAGCAAAACUAAAAUGAGGCCAAGAGAUUACCACUCAUCAUGAAUAAUGAUUUUAUUGCCUAUGCGGUUACUUUACACAGUUUUUUAACUUUAACACGUGAUGUAAUUUGUCUCUUCUGAUGAAGAUGUGACUUUAACAACUUUUUAGACUUGAUUCAUUCUUUGAAAGGAGUAACUGAAUAGAACUCUUUGCCAUUUCUCUCUCGAUAUCUAGCACAGCUCAGUCAUUAAUGCAUAUUGUAUUAAAUUUGCAACACUAUCAAGGGUGGACGGGUUCCUGCUCAUCCUCAUUGUCCGAGAGCAAUGAAAUGCAGAUGAGUGUUUUAUCCCCUGGUGGAUAUUCUGCAGGUCAGUCAGCAUGUUGGCCUGUGGUUACAAGAAAUUUACGAUGGCACAAAAAUAGGCUCAUUCCGCAGUUAUGUAACGAUCAUUCGAAUACAUUUUUCUGUCAAAUUAUUGAAAUCAUUCUGUUGUAUUUCCAAUGACUUUUCUACACGUCCAUGCAGUAGCUGUUCCUGCGGAGCUGUUAGGUUCACUGAGAGCAGGCUAACAUUUAGCAAUAAAGAGCUGAGCUGAAGAAACCACCGUCUUCCCUGUGUGUGUGUGUGUGUGUGUGUGUGUGUGUGUGUGUGU